GCCGUCUCAUUGUUUUGCGGCUCAGCGUCGCUCUGCACCGCCGGGCGGAGAGAGCGACGGGUCGGAGGAAAAUGGCGGACGGUGUGGAUCACAUCGAUAUCUACGCCGACGUAGAGGAGGAAUUCAACCAGGAAUCGGACUAUGCGGUCCAUGAACAGAUCGACCUUUACGAUGAUGUAAUAUCCCCAUCAGCCAACAAUGGCGAUGCUCCAGAAGACCGCGACUACCUGGACACGCUGCCUACUGCAGGGGGCUCCGAUGGAGGGAAGAGUUCCCAACCUAACGUUGUCUACACCUACACAGGCAAAAGGAUUGCCCUGUACAUAGGGAACCUCACAUGGUGGACGACAGACGAGGACCUGACCGAAGCAAUCCGGUCGGUGGGCAUCUCCGAUGUGCUGGAGAUCAAAUUCUUUGAAAACAGAGCCAAUGGCCAGUCGAAAGGGUUUGCGCUGGUGUGUGUGGGGUCCGAGGCGUCAUCUAGGAAAUUAAUGGAGUUGCUGUCAAAGCGGGAGCUCCAUGGUCAGAAUCCCAUUGUCACAGCGUGCAACAAACAGUCUCUCAGCCAGUUUGAGAUGCAGUCACGCAAAAGUACCCAGUCAGGCCAGAUGUCUGGGGAAGGUAAAGCUGGGCCCCCUGGGGCUGGCCUUCGGGGGGGAUUCCCCAUGGGUCGAGGCAGGGGCAGGUUCCCUGGACCACCCGGCCCUGGUGGAGAGCGCUUCCCUGGUCCCGUUGGGCCUGGAGGGCCGCCGCCCCACUUCCCUGGCCCGGGCAUGAGACCAGAUCUGAUUAGACACCAAGAUGGCCCUCUGAUGGAUAUGAGUUUCAAUCCCUUCCCGCCGGGGGGCAGGAACGGGAGCUGGCGUGGCAGAGGUGGGAUGCAGGGCCCCCCACGUCCACCCCCUGGUCCACCUGGUCCCCCUGGUCCACCAGGACCUCCACUUCCUGGCCAGGGGCUCCCGCCUCCACUCUCUGGGCCUCCAAAUCGCGGCGAUAGGCCCCCUCCCCCUGUUCUAUUCCCCGGGCAGUUUGUCCAGCCUCCGAUGGGACCUCUGCCCCCAGGUCCCCCUCCUCCCGGUUACGGCCCUCCCCCGGGUCCCCCACCCCCUCAGCAAGGCCCGCCACCCCCGGGACCCUUCUCUCUACGUCCCCCAGGCCCCAUUGGGCCCCCCAUGGCUUUGGCCCCUCCCCCACACAUGCCAGGUCCCCCGCCGGGUGGACCACCACCAGCACCCCAUGUCAACCCUAACUUCUUCCCACCGCCUAACAACAACAUGCCCCCGAAUGACAACCGAGGCCCCCCCGGACCAAACGACCCAUACGGACGACCGCCACCAUAUGAAAGAGGCGACUAUGGUCCGGGAGGCCGUGAAAUGGAGGCGUCACGGACACCUCUGAGCGAGGCAGAGUUUGAAGAGAUCAUGAACAGGAACAGAGCCAUCUCCUCCAGCGCUAUAUCGAGAGCAGUGUCUGAUGCCAGCGCAGCUGACUAUGGCAGUGCUAUAGAGACCUUGGUGACAGCGAUCAGUCUGAUUAAGCAGUCCAAAGUGUCUGCAGACGACCGCUGUAAGGUCUUAAUCAGCUCCCUACAGGACUGUCUCCACGGCAUUGAGUCAAAAAGCUAUGGUUCCGCCUCCAGUCCAAUGAUGCUUGUCCAUGCCAGGAGAGAACGUUCCAGGGAACGGGACCACAGUCGCUCCCGAGAAAAGAGCCGACGCCACAAGUCCCGCAGCCGGGACCGGCAUGAGGACUAUUACCGAGAACGCAGCCGGGAGCGAGACCGCCACCGCGAGCGGGACAGGGACCGAGACCGUGAGAGAGAGAGGGAGAGGGAAUACCGACACCGCUAGACCAGAAGGGAGCUGACGAGGAUCAAGGGUGGACAGAAGGAAAGGGAGGAAGAAUUUCAGAGCACCACCACCUCCCACCCUGCAUGACCGGACAGGAUUACCACCACCUCCUCUGCCUCCAUCGCUCCUCUCGGUCUCCACCUAUCCUUCUUUCUGUCUGUUCAUCUUGUCUGCCUGAAUGAGAGCAGUGGAUGGAAGACCCUGACCUGUGUGUAAGGCUGUGUUAUCCCAACAUGUGUACUCAUGGUAACUACGAGAUGAUGAAAAAAAAAAAGAAACUUUCCAAGCAGUUCUUUUAUUUUUAUGAUGUUUUAUUUGACAUAAAGAUGACUACUUGUGGUGAUAUUUUUUUUUUUUUUUUUUGCAAAGAAACAAUAAAAUGGCCCACAUAAUCCCAAUUAGAAGACACAAACGUGACAUCCUACUUGGUUUUGGUUUUAUUUUCCUUUGCUCGCUGUACUGUGUACAUUCAGUUUAGAGAUCAGUUUUUAUAGGGUACAUAUUUGAUGUGUUCUCCCCUCCCCUCAUUCUCAUUUAUUCCUUUCGUUAGAAUGUUUGUAAAUGUGUCUCUGCUUUUGAUUAAAAACUAGAUGGUGUUGUAAUAAAAAAUGUUUACUGAGGUACUCAAUGCAUUUGGUGAAUUCCUCUGUUUGGCUCAUUUAUAUUAAAUGUGUAUUUUAGAUUGUUUUUCAUAUUGAAUAUGUAUAGGGUUUUUUUUUUCCAGUAUUAGAAAGCAGCUUUAUGGUUUAAAGUAUUUUUGUUUUAUUUUAUUCAAAUGGAUAAAACGUUAACAAGGUAAGACAAUUUAAUUGAAUGUACUUUUUUGCAAUGUGCAUUAAUGGAAGGUCAUGUCAAACUUUAAAGAAGUUGAAGGGCAACAUGUACAUGUUGCUCUCUGAACAAUUUUGGGAAACUUUACGCAAAAUCCCAAAGAAUAUUGUGUACAAAGGGCUUCUGUUGUGUGUAUCACACUGAAUAGCUAUCGCCAAUAAUUCUUCCAAUCCAAACAAACUCAACUUUGUCCUGUUAAUGUGAAAUUUACUUAUUGUAAUCCUCCGUAAUCCAUGUUACCUCCAGAUGCAGUUGUAGUUUAAUGUUAAUGGUCGUCCUUUAUAUUCAUAUCUCAUUUUGUGAUUUGAUAUUUAAAGAAAAUGAUUGCCUUUUGUUUUGUUUUGCUCCCGUCUCCCACGCCUUGCCUGUCUCUGUAUGUUUGUGUAAACACUUCUACUCUGGCAACAUCGUAGAUGCGAUACUUUGAAGCAACAUACGGAAAACACCACUUGGUUUGAUAUGUGAUCUGCGCCGUAACAUUAACUUUGUCAUCAUACGCAAGGCAACGCCUACUUAUUCCACUGCCCUGCAUGUCCAAAUGAUUGUUUUGUCAAAUGAGCACUUGUCUGAGGUCAAGAUAUGCUGGUAGAAAAGGGCCGGGGGGGGGCUGUGUUUUCUCAGGGCCGCACUGAUGACACGUAAGCAAACACGACUAAUGUGUAUGUGCCCCACAAUAACUGUCUAAAUGCCUCCUUUUAUUUAUUCAAGGUUAUUUGUCCACAUGUCCAAAUGAUUGUCUUUUCUUUUGACCCCCACCUCGUUCCAAAUCCAUAGUCAUCCCCUCAAAUCUGACGUGUUCUCAGGUGUGUGUUGAUUGUAAGUGCUGUGGACCCUAGUCGCCGUGAUAACUGCAGGAAUCACACCGAACUCUCCUGAAACAAUGUUAUUUAGACUGAAGGCAUCCAAACUACUCUGAAAACCUCACGGAUGCUCCUGUUAUGUAACAUUUUAACAGUUGACUUUAAAGAGAGUGUUAUAUAUUCUCGCAUAUUAAUCCAUUUGCUCCCGUAACUUUGUAAACUCUGUAAAAGAGUAGUGAAGCAUUGUAAAUUGGGUUUUUGUACAGCAGAACAAUGUGAAAGAGUGAGACAUUUUGCCCCCGAGGGGGAUUUUUCAAUGUGAUUAACGCCUCUUCCUCUACACCUAUAAUGGUUUGAUGCCGCGGCACCAUGAGUCUUUUACACUAAUGGCCACCCAAAGCCGUCCUAAACUGAGGUUCUGAUUGCUCACUCUACUUUUCUAUACUACACUAGUAUAGUUUGUGUUUGCCUUGUGCUGACCUCUCUCCACAGCGCUGGAGGUAAGUGUUUUCAGGUUGCCGUCACCACGGACGACCUAGCGGUCCGUUGGAAGUGUGGCUGCUGCGUCGAGACUUUACCUCACACAAGUAGCUGUGGAGCGUCUUUUUCUAGUGUGUUUUUAAUAGAUCUUUUUUAAAAAUUGGAAUGGUAAGAUAUUUUUUCUACUAGCCGCAACCUGAAUUACAGCUACUUCUUCCACUGUAACAUAACAGAAACGCUUGAAGAAAUGCAUCUAUGUAUAACCCAACCUGACAGGUUUAACUGGGUGGGAACCGAACUAAAAUAUCCCCUCUAGAUUAUUCAUGGUAAGGGCUGUCAGCUGUGUCAUUUUAACUACACAUUCCUGGUCUGGGAAAGAACCAUGGUAGCCAAAAGUCUUCAAGUGGUCUUUUGCACUUAAGUAAAUAAAAACAUUUCUGAACUCUGA